AUGACGAAUCCAACGUCUUCGUUGUCGUCAGAUUCAUCUUCUUCGAGUCCUGUCGAAGAUGUCUCCACCACGAGCAAUCCCCAAAGCAACCACCACGUGUCGACGACAUGUGCAACAACAUCAAUUUCUGAUCAGAACAGCACUGGAAACACCUUCACAUUUGUGAAUGAAACUCUAAUUCAUUCACAACAGCAGUUGCAUUCUCAACAACCACCACAACAUCAUGAUCUUGCAAGCAAUAACCAAAGAGUUUCUCCAACCUCCUCUUCCGCAACGACCAGCAUUUUGGGCAAUCCGAACACUUCUCAAAAUACUCCUCCAAGUAAUAAUACUACUAGUAAUACCUUUAUUAAAUUCCUUCAACCAACUCAUGCACUUCGGAUUAAAAAGCUCGUCACAGACGAACAAUUUGCAAGUAAUUAUACUGAAUUGAGGUUGACCAAAAUACCGGCCAUUUAUGGAAAUCAGCAAAAUGUUAUGCAUUCUCAACCAAGAGGUUCAAAAAGUAGAAGGAAAGCACAAAGGUCAAAGUCACAACCGCAACAACAGCAACACCAAACAUUAUCUAAUGCACAACCGCAACAACAACAACAACAACCGCUUCAUGACGUACAUGUAGACACCCGGCAAUCGCCACCGCCACAUGGCAAACAAGUAUCACCGCACACAGUGAUGGGAAUGCAACCAAAACCACCACAACCUAGAGGUUCGGAUAAUAUUGCAGCCGACACCAAUAUGGCCGAAUCCAGUUCAUGCAACCUUCCUUCACCUCAAAUCCAGCAAUUUCCUCCUUUUUCAAUUCGUCAAUCACAACCACCUUCAGAACUAUUCCAUGUGUCUUCUCUAUCGGACCCAUGUUUCACAACGACUGCUUCUACUAGGGAUGUAAAUAAUCAGAGUAGCAGCACCGGUGGAGGUCUAGUACCUAGAGGUUUUCCUUUUGCGAAUCAUAAUCUUCUCAAUUCACAAGCCAUUCACACACCAAAACAGCCAGCAACAUAUUCUAUUGGCAAUAACAGCACCUCAUUCGAAUGGCCACAAGCAAACAACGUGACAUCUUCUUCCAUACUCCCUCCUUCUUUUUCACAGAAUAUCCAUGACACGAGCGUUCAUCACCGUUCUCCACCUUUCUCGCAUAAUGUAAAUACUCCUCCAUUAUUGACAUCAUCGUUAUCGUCGUCACUUGCACAAUCAUCUCUUAAUCCUCAGCAAGUUUCCUAUCAAAGUUUGGAUGAUAGUCUACCUGCUGCCUCUACGACCACUACCACGACCACAGGAUGUUAUCCACAUAGGACGACACCUCUGCAGAUGCAUCAUCCACCAGCUGCUACCACUGCCACAUGGUCUUGUUCAUCCUUAUCGCCACCACAUGCUUGUUCCUCCGUCUUUCCUCUUAAACUUUCCAUUGAGGACCUACUUCUCGAACUUAAUUUACAACAACACCAAUAA